AUGAUCACAGAGGGCGUGUUUGGUGUUGAUGAAGAUGAAGUGAAGUCAGUGUCAGUGAUGGAGGGAGAUUCUGUCACUCUUCACACUCAUCUUACUCACAUACAGAGACAAGAUCAGAUAUUGUGGAUGUUUGGACCUCAAGAGAAACGUAUUGCUGAAAUAUAUAAGCAAAUCAUUGAUAUGUUUGACAGUAAUGAGAUAUUUGGAGACAGACUGAAGUUGGACAAUCAGACUGGAUCUCUCAACAUCACAAACAUCACAAUCACAGACUCUGGACUUUAUCAUCUACAGAUCAUCAGUGACAGAGGAAAUUCAUUCAAAAGAUUAAAUGUUACGGUCUAUGCUCGUCUGCCUGUUCCUGUCAUCAUCAGAAACUCUUCUCAAUGUUCUUCAUCAUCAGAAAGAUCUUCAUUGCCAAAAUGUGUGUUGUUGUGUUCAGUGAUGAAUGUGACACAUGUGAGUCUCUCCUGGUACAAAGGAAACAGUUUAUUGUCCAGCAUCAAUGUGUCUGAUCUCAACAAAAGACUCUCUCUACCUCUGGAGGUGGAAUAUCACGAUACAAACACAUACAGAUGUGUCAUCAACAAUCCCAUCACAAACCAGACUCAACAUCUACACAUCACUGAUGUCUGUGAGUCGUGUCCAGACUCUGUGCAGUUUUACAAUCAUUGGAAGAGAUUGACUCCCUCAUUUGUUUAUGCUCUGGUGGGUGUGACUGCUGUGGCUCUACUCCUUUAUUACUUCAGAUCUAAACAAAAGGAAAAAUUUAAAACACCAAUAGAAUAA